AUGUUGGUUCAAUCAAAAGUUGGUCCUAUGAUUGCUGGAAGUGGAGAUAUUAAGAAGCUUUGCAAGAACGAAUUAUAUCCUAAAGAAGUAGUAUAUUCUACGAACGCCAAUAUUAACUCGGAGCUAGGAAAUUUUUGGAAAUUAGAGACGAUUGGUAUCCAAGAAUCACCUCAAGAUGAUUAUGAUGAUCAAGCUUUAAAGCAUUUCAAACGGACCAUCAUCAAGCAGGGUGGAAGAUACCAGAAUACACACGGUCGUCUUUUCGUUGUUGUAGUUUUCGAAGUAUUUCGAUUAUCUUUUAUUGUCGACAAUGCUGAAGUUCCUCCGGGAUUACUUGAAUUAUUAUCUGUACUAAUUGGAGUAAGAGCAGCUCAAUUCGUAUUGAAACAAUUAAAUCUUGAAAAUAAUGAAGUUACUUUGUGGACAGAUUCAAAAUGUGUUCUUUACUGGAUCCAGAACUAUACAAAGCUGCUUCCCAGAUUUGUACAAAAUCGCAUCGAAGAAAUACGGAAAUCUAACUUCGAAUUAAAAUACAUACCAAGUGAUCAAAAUCCAGCAGAUAUAGCCACCAAAGGAGUAUCACCACUUAAACUCCAAAAUUGUAUUGCACAUACGUUAUCUGAAUUAAGUCGAAAAUAUUGGAUACCGAAAGGAAGAGCUGCUGUAAAACGAAUCAUAAACCUAUGCUGUUAUUGCAUUCGCUGGAAAGCUAAACCGUUUAAACUGCCAGCGAUGCCAAGUUUACCAGAAACACGAGUAAAACGAUCCAGAACCUUCGAACAAGUCGGCCUAGAUUAUAUGGGUCCUCUUUCAGUCAAAUCUAAUAUUGAAGAUUUAUCUCGACGUGGAUAUCCAAAAUUAAUAUUAAGCGAUAAUGCAAGCCAGUUUCAACUGGUAUUCAAAACCAUUAUGGAAGAAAACGCUAAUUUUUUGGCUACAAAGGGUAUGGUAUGGAAAAAUACUACACCAAGAGCACCAUGGAGUGGUGGGUUUGACGACUACAGAAUCAUUCGUGCAAUUGAUUUUAUAUCACCUAUGGCUUCAUUAGAUCUACCAAUAAAUUAUGAUAGUGAUCAAGAUGAAUAUACCCCUUAUACAAUAAAGACUAAAGAUAAAAGUACCUCGUGGUGUAUGGAAUUUGCAAGGAUAAUAAAAAUUAAUCGAGGAUGGGAUGGAAAAAUAAGGAGUGCAACAAUACAAUUACCGAAUGGAAAACAAUUCGAUCGAUCAAUAAAUAUGCUUUAUCCUAUGGAAAUAGAUGCUACUGAAGAUAAAGAAGAAAAGGUGGAAGAUGAACCGGAAGAACCCAUUGCUCGACGAACCAGAAGUGCUAAAAAAUCACAAACUACAGUCGAUGCAAAAGACAAGUCUAAUCUUUUGAUAAAAACUUUAUCAUUGAUAACGAUGAUGUCGUUAAUACCAAGACAGACACGCCCAAUCUUCACGUAUAUAAAUUUAGUUCUAAUAAACAAAAUUAUUCAUGGUCAUUAUUGUCGACUACUACUCUGUUAA